AUGCCCCGGCCCUUCGGCGGCGGAAGCGGAAGCGGAAGCGGGGAGCGGCGGGCCAGGGCAGCGCAGUCGGCGUUGCCGUAUGACCAACGGGCGAGGCAGCCCGGGGCGAAGGCUCUGGAUAGGCUGCCCUCGCUGAACUACUCGAUCCUGAAAGACCAGGCGCUGCGGAAGAAAAUGGUCGACCUCGGCUUGUCGACGGGCGGCUCGCGCCAGAUGAUGGAAAAGAGGCACAGGGAGUGGAUCACCAUCUGGAAUGCCAAUUGCGACUCGUUGAGGCCGAAACGACGGUCCGAGUUGAUACAUGAUCUGGAGGUCUGGGAGCGAACGCAAAGCGGCAGGCCAUCGGCGCUGGGCAGGGGUCGAGCGGGCGCCAUGGCGACGGCGGUGAAGGACAAGGAGUUUGAUGGCGCGGCUUGGGCGACGAAGCAUGACAAUGAGUUCAAGGAUCUCAUUGCGAAUGCGAGAAGGAGCCGUUCUCAGGCCCAGACGAAGAAAGAGCCCGAUGACACAGCUGGAAAGAGUGCUGAAAUUGCUGGGGUCGACGGCGACAAGGGUUCGGAGCCUGAAGGACAUGCUCAAGAGAAAUCUACUGCCCCGCCCGACUUUGUGCCUCAACCAGACUUCAACGGCGAGAUCAUCAUGACUGAGGCAUCGACAGCCGAUAAGGGAUCUGAAGUGCAAGAGGCAGAGCUUGAGGCGGAAGAGGACAACCCACAAACGACAAAAACAGAAACCAUCUCUGGCCCACUAAAGCCUACCAGCCCCCAUCUCAUGCAGCAUGGGUUCGACGAGACGCCGCUCUCGUGA